ACUCUUUCAAAAAGUUUAAAUGGGCUUCUAAAUAUUUCAAUUUAAUUUAUUAUCAACAAAACAUACCUAUAUUCUUAAGCUUCAUAUGAGUGAUUUAUAAAUGGCCACUGUCGGUGAAACUCCAGUAUCUUAUGACAACAGUAUGGACGUUUCCCGUAUCGGCAAUUCUAGUCUACAAGAAGAAUGUCUUUUGAAGUUGUGGAACGAAUAUAUUACUGAAAGUCUUAUUGAAUCUACACCAUGUGAGAUCGGGAUUUAUGAAUGGAAGAAUAACAGAACUAUUGUUACUACUAAAAAGUUCAAAAUUUCUGCUGAGGAAUUGGACCAUAUCAAGGAUGGAAUGGAAUGUCCGAACAUUGUCUACAGGAAAGGUGUAACCGUGGACGGUUAUCAUUAUAACGUACAAGUUGCUGAUGGUAAAUAUGGGAUAUACUCUCGGACAUUAGACAAAGGUUGCACCGUGUGUAAAACAUUUAGUAUGUUGAUUAUCGCUACCAAUGGGAAUGGCGUCAAGUCUUCCAAAUGUAAUGAAGAAAUCAUGAAGUUGGGGGACUAUUUACAGAGAUUAGGAUUAUAAAGAGAAACGGAGUAUUUCUUCUAAUUUCAACAGUAUUAACUAUCAUCUUUUUUGCUCACGCAUUUAUCAGCUUUUGCAUUUAAAAUGUGAUUUGCCUGCCAUAGCGAGAUUUUGUUCGGCUGAUGUGGAAUAAACACUGCCGACUGGAUUUAAAGUCUUUCUUUGUAUAUCGUGAUAAAUCUAUGUGCAAUGACUGGUAACUGUGUUAUUUCUAUUGUUAAACUUAUAUUAAAUAUUUAUUGAUAUAAACAGUCUUUAUAAUUUAAAUUCCAUGAAUAUACAACAACCGCUUACUUAUGAUUCUUGUUAAAUUCUGUAACUUGUGUUACUUAGAUCAAUACGUAGGUCUUGAUUUUGACAAAUCAACAUAAGUCAUUCCAAACAAUUAAAUGAUACUUAGU